AUGGUCAUUGUGUGGUCACCCGAUUGGGACAACAAGCUCCUAGUGGCAAUCUGGGAGACUUGUGGCUCCAAGUUUGAUUGGGAGACGACUGCGGAAAUAGUGGGCAGCACAUGCACCGCUGAAGCCAUCAUGCAACAUUUACGCACCAUAACACGACGGGCUGCCGAGAGACGCCGCGAACAACGUCAAAUUCUCCUCGAGGCGCACGCCGCCCGAGCCGCCAGUGUGGCAAAGGGCAAGGCAAAGCGGAAAUGGGGCUACAAACGGCGAAACGCUCUACGAAACGAAAUCAAAGACACUGAGAAGAUACUCGACGCAAGUUCAAGCAAGAAGAAGAAGCGUCAAAGUCGUGAUGACUCACCGUUGUUUGAACCCGUCGACGAUGACACCACUGUCGCGCCAUCCAAAAAUCCUGUUAAGAAGAGAUCACGAAAAGGCUCUAAACCCAAAGACAUAAGGAGCAAGUUAGAUGAUUGGGUACCCAGGAGUCAGGCAGAGGACAAUCAGCGCUUGCGAGCGCAUCUGGAGGCAAGUGGUGUCAAAUUUCGCCGGGGUACCUUUUGGAAUAACUAUGAAGAUGCGAAGAAGCGCUGA